AUGGGUUCGGAAUCAAGAUAUAAGAAGGCCCGGGUAUCUUCGGAGGAUACAGAUGAUAUUUACGCUAAAUCAUAUGCAGAAGUAAAGGAACUACUGGACGAAGAUAACGGGCAUGAUGAUAUCCGAAAUGGAAUAUCUAAUAGACAUGGGCCGCCACUCGGCGCCGAGGAAUAUGUCGAUGGGUCGGAUGGAGAAGAUGAAAUGUUACAAAAUAAAAAAUCAGUACUGGCAAGAGAAGAUUCAUAUAGACGCCAGAGAUUGGGUCGCAAACUGUCGCCAGAAAGGUUCGAUCCGUUUGCAAAAACAACCAACCCAGAGGAACGAACAUACUCAGAUAUUAUGAAAGAAACUGAAAUUAUGCGAACACGCAAAGAUAUAGAAAAAUUCAUGGAAAGAGAACGUAUGUCACUGGACGAUGUACGUAAUCUUGAUGUAAAAAGAUCGAGAAGAUCAGGAUUCGAUGAAGAUGAUGAACAUUCGGAAGCAUUUGCAGAAACACCCAUGGUGGAGAGCGGAGCAUACGUGGAGACUCCACAGAUCGUACCAGGAGCAUAUGCAGAAACGCCACAGUUUGCUGCCGCAACACCAGGCGCUGAGGCACGAAAAAGAAUGUCAAGAUGGGAUAAAACGCCACAAAUGGAAGCACAAACGCCAUCAGCCACACCAUUAGGAUUAGGGGAGUUUGGUGCAGCGACGCCCUUCACACCAGCUGGGUUACAACCAGAACAGUAUGCUUUUUCAACAGAUCGCAAUAGGUACCUGACUGACGAGGAACUUGAUGAAAUGCUACCAUGUGAAGGUUAUGAAAUUAUAGAACCUCCGGAAGGCUAUGUAGCUAGCAGACAUGUAACCUACCAUUCACAUCAUGUGAGUGAGUCGCCAAGUUUCAUAAUCAAAGAUGAAACACUACGGAAACCUUACGAUAUACCUGGAACGCCGUCGCUACUACUGGAUGUAGAAGUGAAGGCAGAGGAUCAGCAUUUUUUCGGCAAACUCUUCGACGACAAAACGGAAGAGGAUCUAACGGCUGAUGAAAUCACAGAACGACGUAUCCUCGCGCUAUUGUUGAAAAUCAAGAAUGGCACACCGCCGUUGAGGAGGCAAGCGCUAAGGCUGCUUACACAAAAGGCACGCGAAUUCGGACCGGGACCACUGUUCAACCAAAUUUUACCAUUAAUGAUGCAAACAACACUGGAAGAUCAGGAAAGACACCUAAUGGUUAAAGUUAUAGAUCGUAUUCUCUUCAAGUUGGAAGAUCAGGUUAGGCCAUACGUACACAAGAUAUUGGUAGUGAUUGAGCCACUGCUUAUCGAUGAAGAUUACUAUGCACGUGUUGAGGGACGUGAAAUCAUCAGCAAUCUAAGUAAAGCAGCCGGGUUGGCAACCAUGAUUGGUACCAUGCGUCCAGAUAUUGACCACCCAGAUGAAUACGUCCGCAACACCACAGCGAGAGCCUUCGCCGUCGUGGCGCACGCAACUGGAAUACAGUCACUGAUACUGUUCCUAAAGGCGGUAUGUCAGUCGAAGAAGAGCUGGCAAGCGAGGCAUACUGGUAUCAAAAUAGUGCAACAAAUAGCUAUAUUGGUUGGUUGCGGUGUGUUGCCACACCUGAAACAACUGGUGUCCAUCAUUGCACUGGGUCUGGAAGAUGAAGUUUUGAAAGUGAGGACCAUGACAGCAUUAGCCUUAGCAUCAUUAGCCGAAGCUAGUGCGCCAUUCGGAAUUGAAGCGUUCGACAUUGUUCUGCGACCAUUGUGGAAAGGUAUCACUGAACACCGAGGCAAGGGACUUGCUGCUUUCUUGAAAGCCAUUGGUAUGAUAGUGCCACUCAUGGACCCGUAUUACGCAUCCUAUUACACAAAAGAGGUGAUGAACAUUCUGGUGAAGGAGUUCGCAACACCAGACGAAGAGAUGAAACACAUUGUGCUGAAAGUAGUACGUCAGUGCAUUUCCACUGAAGGUAUACAAGCGGAUUACAUCCGACAGGAACUCCUAGAUCCUUUCUUCAAAUCAUUUUGGAUCGUUCGCAACAGUAUGGACAAGAAGAACUUGGAUCUUAUCAUCGAAACAACAGUAGAAAUAUCAAACAAAGUAGGGCUAGAGGUCAUCAACCGUUUAGUAGAUGACUUAAAGGACCCUUCUGAAAGUUUCAGAGUGAUGGUAGCUCAGUGCAUAGAGGCUGUUUUGAUAAGUUCACUAGGGCACGAUGCUGACCAAAAGGUGGAACUUGACCAACGUCUUGAAGAACUGUUGAUAGAUGGUAUGAUAUAUGCUUUUCAACAGCAGGCGUCAGAUGACUGCACAGUCUUGUUGGAUGCAUUCGGGACAUUGUUGCACUACCUUGGAGAACGUAGCCUCCCGUAUUUAACCCAAAUUGUCGGAGUCAUUCGCUGGCGUUUGGGCACACAGAGUCCGCGGACCAGGCAGCAAGCAGCAGAUAUGAUCUGCAAAAUAGCUCCUAUUAUGAGACAAUGUGGUCGACAGGAUAUGCUGGCCAGUUUGGGGCAGCACCUCUAUGAGUAUUUGGGUGAAGAGUACCCAGAAGUGCUAGGUAGCAUUUUAGGUGCCCUCAAGGCUAUCGUAUCGGCUAUAGGCCCGGCAUCCAUGUCCCCUCCAAUCAAGGACCUGCUGCCGAGGCUAACGCCCAUUCUGAAGAAUAGGCACGAAAAAGUUCAAGAAAAUGUAAUUGAACUGGUAGGACGGAUUGCAGACCGCGGAGGCGAUCUUGUUUCACCGAAAGAAUGGGAUCGUAUUUGUUUCGACCUACUAGAAUUGCUGAAAGCAAAUAAGAAGAGUAUCAGACGUGCAACGGUGAACACCUUCGGGUAUAUUGCGCGGACUAUCGGACCAAAUGAUGUUAUUUCUACUCUGCUAAACCACCUUCGUGUACAAGAGAGACAACUGCGGUUGUGUACAACGAUCGCAAUUGCCAUCGUUGCGGAGACCUGUCUGCCGUACUCAGUGCUUCCUGCCCUGAUGACGGAAUACCGUGUGCCAGAGAUUAAUGUACAGACAGGUGUUCUGAAAGCGCUUUGUUUCCUCUUUGAAUAUAUCGGUGAGAUGGCAAAGGACUACAUCUACGCCAUUACACCGUUACUAGAAAACGCGUUAAUGGAUCGUAACAUAGUGCACCGGCAAACUGCCGCAUGGACCUGCAAACACCUAGCCCUGGGGGUAACUGGACUAAACUGUGAAGAUGCACUAUUACACCUACUAAACUAUGUAUGGCCCAAUAUAUUCGAGACGAGCCCACAUCUCACGCAGAGCUGUUUCGACGCAAUAGACGGGUUCCGAGUAGCCCUAGGUCCUAGUGUGAUAUUCCAUUAUCUACUCCAGGGGCUAUUCCACCCAGCAACAAAGGUCCGCGAGGUGUACUGGCGUCUGUACAACAACCUGUACGUUGGGAACCAAGAUGCACUAGUGCCGCUGUUCCCGUUGAUACGCGAGGGGGUUGAGAACAAACACCAAGCGACCGAGUUGUUAUACACGAUAUAG